AUGGAGGAUUCUUCAACUGUAUUCUCAAAAAGAGGUGUGAGGAAAGGAGCCUGGGCUGAAGAAGAAGAUCAACUUCUUAGGGAAUGUAUCAAAAAGUACGGACAAGGAAAAUGGCAUCAAGUUCCUCUUAGAGCAGGGCUAAAUCGAUGCCGGAAAAGCUGUAGAUUGAGGUGGUUGAACUAUCUACACCCGAACAUCAAAAGAGGAGAGUUCAAACCAGAUGAAACGGAUCUCAUCAUCCGGAUGCAUAAGCUUCUUGGUAACAGAUGGUCAUUGAUUGCUGGUAGACUUCCAGGAAGAACAGCAAACGAUAUCAAGAAUUACUUCAACACUCAUUUGAAAAAAACUUGCUUCUCUAAAUAUAAUACCGAGAAGGCACAACAAGAUGCCGUGACCAAGAAACUAUGUCAUGAUAAUACCACUCAUCGUGACGGUCAUGAACAACAGAAGUUUCUGAAAUGUAGGCAACUGUGUCCAAAUAUUAGUACUAUAUAUCAUACUGAUAUGAGGAUGACCCAAGUUUUAAGACCUCAACCCCAAACCUUCUCCAAGAAAUAUCAGUGGAGAAUGAUGAAUAAAGCGCCAACGCCAACUGGGACGAAUAAUAACAGCAUUACUGCGACAGCUAGGUUCCCUAAUAAUGCACAGGUAGUUAACAAUGCUACCCGUUUGUCAUUAUUAGUCGAUGAUCACCAUGAUCAGUUCUCUCCUAUAAAUGGCCAGCACAUUCAUGAUCAAGGUACUAAUUGGUUGAAAAACAUUUUGCUCGGUGAAACGGAAGAAGAAGAUUCAAAGAAGAUGAAGAAGCCAAAGAAGAAGAAACCAAUUACUUUGACUGAAAAUGCCUCAUUGGAAUUUGAAAACACUACAACCUCUGGUGUUGAGCAAGGGAUGUCGACAAAGGACAUGGAUGGUGAUGGUGAUGCUUACCAUUGUAGUUUGGAUGGUGAUCAAAAGUUAAAAGAAGGCGGUAAUGCUGGCGACAACGACAACUACUGGAAUAGCUAUCUUGAUGACAAUCUGUGGAGUAUGUUAAGGGAAGAACAAAAUCAUCACUUAAUGAUCUAG